AUCUCCAAUCCGUUGUUGGUAAUAUUGCGCAUGCGCUGUACUGGCCCUGGGGAAAGGCUGCACCAGGUUGUGGACGAAAUAGCGAUGAACUCCUUGGAGCAGGCCGAAGGUAACAACCAUGACUUGAAGGCCUUUGAGAGAAGACUGACGGAAUAUGUCUCCUGUCUGCAGCCUGCAACGGGCCGGUGGCGAAUGAUUUUGAUAGUAGUCUCUGUUUGUACGGCUACGGGGGCAUGGAACUGGUUAAUAGACCCCGACACGCAGAAGGUUUCCUUUUUUUCAUCUCUUUGGAAUCAUCCUUUCUUCACCAUCAGUUGUAUCACACUCAUAGCGCUAUUCUUUGCUGGAAUACACAAGCGGGUUGUCGCACCGUCAAUUAUUGCUGCUCGUUGUCGGACUGUUUUAGCUGAAUACAACAUGUCCUGUGAUGAUACAGGAAAACUUAUUCUCAAACCACGGCCUAACCCACAUAGCAAGACAUUUGCAUGAGCGUCUGAAUGGCUUGUGGAUCUGCUUCUCAAAUUCUUUAAACUACCUAUUAAAUAGGAUUACAUGGAAAGGAUAAUGAAACGGAGACAUAGGUUUCUAUACAGCAGAAAUGCCUUUAAACAAACCUGCCUUCGGUGUGUAGAUAUCAUAAAGGUAUCAAAGGUCGGGUAUCUGCUCAUGUGCCCUGUUGAUAUAUUUUAUUAAUUCAUUUCAAAUGUAUUGAUUGUUCAUGAUGUAAUGUAUUUUAGAUAAAUAAUUAUUUUAAAAUGUAUUUACAAAUAAAUACCUAAAAAAAGUGAUG